UCACUAGACCAACGGUUUUCCCGGGCAUUUUUUUCCCGUUUCAGAAGGCUUAACAAAUGGCGGUGUGUGGCAUUGGAUGAGGAGGAGCUUCUUCUCACGAGAUCCGCCUUCAAUGCUAACUAAUUUCGCUGCUUUAUCUUCUAGCAUCCACUUCUUCCCUCUUUCACACCAAUUUAAUUUCCUAAAUCCGGCAACCUACGUUUUACCAUUUUCCGAUCGCCGGCGCGCACUGUCGCUCUGGCGACCUCCUCUCUGGGUGUUCUAUUUCGAGGUUCUUAUUGAACUGGAGCAAGUGGAUAAAAAAAUUCAAGGGUUUACUACUUCUACUGAUUCAAGAAAAUAUGUGAUGAGCAACAGAGGAUUCCACUGGCCAGAGUUGCUGACUCAAUAUUUAGUUAGUUUACACAGAUUGAUGGUCUACAAAUUUGCCUCUCUGAACCAGUGAUUGGUUUGCUGAGUAAAAUUUCAGGGUGAUGGAGUUUGGUGAUAGUUUUUUAUCAAACGAAAACCAAGAGCUUGCACGAUCUGCUUCAGAAAGUGCAGAACCAUUAUCUGUUUCUCCAUUGCAAAUCUCAGUGAAUACGAAGUCUCCAAAAUGGCCAAAGUCACCAAGGCCCCCAAACUCACCCAGGUCUCCAAAGGCACAUGGCAAACUUGGCACUAGCAAAGGAAGUCCAAGCAAGGGGAGCCUACUCAAGUAUGAUAGGGAUGGGUGCUCUAAAAUAGAUGGUGAAGGUACUUGGGGAGGACUUCUUGAUGCAGAAUACAAUUAUUCUGUUGAUCCCAGUGACCCAAAGUAUGAUUGCAAUGAGGAAUGUGAUCAUAGAACUGGGAGAAAAUUUACAGUAGAUUUUGAGGAGUACAAGAAGAAGACAACAAUAAUAGUAGAGGAAUACUUUGCAACUGAUGAUAUUGUCUCCACUGCCGAUGAAUUGAGUGAACUUGGAAUGCCUGGUUAUAACUAUUAUUUUGUAAAGAAACUUAUAUCUAUGGCUAUGGACAGGCAUGAUAAAGAGAAGGAAAUGGCUGCUGUCCUUUUAUCUGCUCUCUAUGCUGACAUCAUUGAUCCUUCACAAGUUCACAAAGGGUUUAGUAAAUUGGUGGAGUCUUCAGAUGACUUAAUUGUAGAUAUACCUGACACUGUUGAUAUUCUUGCACUGUUCAUUGCCAGAGCCGUCGUUGAUGACAUACUUCCACCUGCAUUUUUGAAAAAACAAAUGGCAUCUUUACCAGCAGAAUCAAAGGGGGUUGAUGUAUUAAAAAGAGCUGAAAAGGGCUAUCUAGCAGCCCCUCUUCAUGCAGAAAUUAUUGAGCGCCGAUGGGGAGGCAGUAAGAAUAAAACGGUUGAGGACGUGAAUGCUAAUAUAAACAAUUUGCUAGUAGAGUAUCUAGUGAGUGAUGAUAAGAAAGAAGCUUUCAGAUGCAUCAAGGAUUUGAAUGUUCCUUUCUUUCAUCAUGAAAUAAUUAAACGGGCUAUUAUAAUGGCAAUGGAAAGGCAGCAAGCUGAAGGCCAGCUACUGGAUUUGCUUAAGGAUGCUGCUCAAGAAGGAUUGAUUAAUACAAGCCAAAUAACCAAAGGAUUUAACCGGAUUAUAGAUGCUGUGGAUGACUUGUCCUUAGACAUUCCAGAUGCAAGAGGGAUAUUGCAGUCUUUAAUUUCCAAGGCUGCUUCAGAAGGUUGGUUGAGUGCUUCAUCUUUGAAGUCACUCUCAUUAGCACCAGUGAAACAACCUUUGGAAGACAAUGCUACCAAAAUUUUCAAGACAAAGGCUCAAUUUAUUAUUCAAGAAUAUUUCUUGUCUGGUGAUAUUUCAGAGGUCAGUAGUUGUCUCGAAUCAGAGAAUGGUAAUGGUGUUGCUGAACUGAAUGCUGUCUUUGUUAAAAGAUUGAUAACUUUAGCAAUGGAUAGAAAAAAUAGGGAAAAGGAAAUGGCUUCUGUUUUGUUGUCAUCUUUGUGCUUCCCGGCUGAUGAUGUUUUGAAUGGAUUUGUUAUGUUGAUAGAAUCUGCAGAUGACACUGCUCUGGAUAAUCCAGUUGUUGUUGAGGAUCUUGCAAUGUUUUUAGCCAGAGCAGUGGUGGAUGAAGUGUUGGCCCCACAACACUUGGAGGAAAUUGAAAGCCAGUUUUUAGGGCUAGAGUCAAUUGGAAGCAAGGUCCUUCGAAUGGCAAAUUCAUUACUAAAGGCUCGACUUUCUGGGGAGCGAAUCCUAAGGUGUUGGGGUGGAGCAGGUAGCAGCAGACCUGGAUGGGCAGUUGAGGAUGUUAAGGAUAAAAUUGGGAAGUUGCUGGAGGAAUAUGAUUCUGGAGGAGACAUCAGGGAAGCUUCCCGCUGCAUAAAGGAAUUAAACAUGCCAUUUUUUCACCAUGAGAUCGUUAAAAAAGCAUUGGUGACAAUCAUUGAGAAAAAGAAUGAAAGAUUAUGGCGACUGCUUAAUGAGAGUUUCUGUUCAGGGCUCAUAACCUCGUACCAGAUGAUGAAAGGUUUUGGUAGGGUAGCAGAAACUCUUGAUGACUUGGCUCUGGAUGUUCCUGAUGCUAAGAAACAGUUUGUACAUUAUGUUGAGAAAGCUAAAGUUGCAGGGUGGUUGGAUUCCUCAUUUUGUUUCGACAAAUCAGGACAUGAUAUAGAGAAUGGCACUUGUCCAUGAUAAUGGGUUCUGCUCUUGGUCUUCUCAAAUUUCUUCGCAACUCCCUGAUCAAACUCAUGAAUAGUAGCAGAUGGAUUGCAUUUGGUUUCUCAUAUCAAUUACAGGAUUCAGGGAUAUUUUGACGCGCUUUCCAUUUUACUUAAGCGUGCUUGGA